UAAUUAUGGCUGUCGAGUCAGCGAGUUCUCGUGGUAUGAGGUCAUCGAUGAUCGACCUGCAGGAACACAACGCCUCCUACAAGAUGUUAUCCAAUAAGCAAGCUUCGAUAUUCGCUCCGUAACUACACCUCAUAAACCACCGUAUCAAGCAAGCUUUACUAACUAUAACACAUACACUUACACUUACACAUACACAUUCACAAACACAAGCACAAACACAAACACAUCCAAGAUGACGUCUGCGCCUUGGCUUCUUCAUUGGCGUUCUAACACGGUAUUCAUCAUUGCGACUGUUGCGAUUGGGCUUUUCACCGAUUUAUUCUUAUACGGAUUAGUUGUUCCCGUUCUACCCUUUAUGUUGCGCAAUAGGUUAUCCAUACCUGAACAUGAGAUACAGUCUCACGUCUCUAAUCUUCUGGCCGCCUACGCAGGCGCUUCGGUCGUCUCCUCCGUUCCGGCUGGGUGGAUCGCGGAUCGGACGAGUUCGCGCCAGGCCCCGUUUCUAUGUGGCCUCACCGCUUUGCUAGCAGCUACUAUUAUGCUAGCUCUGGGACAGAGCCUACUCGUGCUCUUCGUUGCUAGGGUUCUGCAAGGAAUCAGCGCGGGAGUCGUUUGGACCAUCGGCUUUGCCAUGGUCUUGGACACCGUCGGCUCGGAGAAUUUAGGGAAGGUCAUCGGUUCCAUGUUCUCCCUCAUCUCCGUAGGUGGACUAAUGGCGCCGGUCAUCGGGGGCGUGCUUUACGAGAAGACCGGAUAUGCAGGUGUCUUCGGAGUAGCAGCGGGUGUCUUGGGACUUGAUUUUCUUAUGCGACUCUUGGUAGUAGAGAAGAAGACAGCUGCCAAGUACAAUGUCGACCAAGUGCCACAUUCUCAGGAUGGGGAACAAGAUUCGCAUAGAGAUCAUGAAGCGACCCAAAGUGACAGCGUUGAAGACGCUACCGAGCACGAUGCCUUAUUGCACAAUAAGAAGCUCAAAGACGGCGAUAUCGAGUCAUACAAGAUUCGGCACGAACCUAACCGGAUCGUCCGAGCAUUGCCAAUACUGGUUUGCUUCCGAAGCCCUAGACUCUGUGUAGGGAUGUUCCUAUCAUUCGUCCAAGCUUCUCUCCUAGGUCUCUUUGAUGCCACGAUCCCGACGCAAGCGCAGAGCCUUUUCGGCUUCACCGCUCUACAUGCAGGACUUCUGUUUGUUGCUCUAUAUGUUCCUUAUCUCAUAUCAGGACCCCUAGCUGGGUGGGCAGUAGACCGAUAUGGCACCAAGUUAGCCGCCAUCGUUGGAUUCGGAUCUUUAGUUCCAUCCCUGAUUUUGCUUCGGCUUCCAUCGGAAGACCUAUUAUCUGGAACAAGUAAUGUUAUCGUAUAUUGCGCGAUGCUAGCUCUGAAUGGCGUGGGCUUAGGCAUCAUAGGUUCGCCUGGUGUGGUUGAGGCCAGUGAUGUUGUUGAGAAAUUCGACAAGGCCAACCCGGGAUUCUUCGGCGAUAACGGCCCAUAUGCUCAACUGUAUGGCUUCAAUUCACUAUUCUUCUGUACGGGUCUUACUGUCGGUCCUGUUGCAGCAGGAGCUCUUCGUGACGGGAUCGGAUAUGGCAAUAUGACUCUUGUAUUUGGUCUUAUAUCAGCUUUUACCGCUGUUCUAUCAUUCUUCAUUAUUGGCGGGGGGCCUCGCUGGAAUCUUGUUCGUCAACGAUAAGACGAUAAAAUGUUCAUGUUAUGACUAUCCUAAAAAUCAAAACUGCUUUAACUAGUUUCAAAUAAAAGUCUUCUCAGUAGUGCUCAUUUCUACCACACUAAGAUCAUACGAGGAGCGAAACAAACAAGAUGCUUUAAUAUUGAUAA